ACAGUACUCUCCUCCAUCUUCCUUUCCAUCCUGUUACAGAGCAACCGACGCUCCAAGUGUGUUACCACGGCAACGGAGCAGGAGGAAGAGGGAGAGGUGCCGUCAUGUCCAGCAGGACACCGCUGCAGAAACAUCACAUCAGUUUGCAGAUGCAGUGCAUAUAGUUGGGAUCUCCUGCCAUGCCUGUGACUAGCUGCUUCGUCAUCUCUGGGCCACACCCUGCUGAGGAAAGGACAACAACCUGACCUUGAUGCUCACAUCAGCCCAACCUUCACUUUCUUUCUUCUUCUGCCUGUAACUGAGAGGGGUCGACAGAGACACAGUGGCGUCAGGCAGAGCUCCCACAGCUCCAGGGCUGGGCAGAGAAGGGAUUGCUGACACAGCCAAAGAUGAUCAUCAGUAACAUGGAGGCUCCAGUGACAAAUGGCCCCAGCGGAGGAGGCACCACAUCCAACGGACCGACCAACAACAGCCGCGGCUGCCCCUCGCCCAUGCAGACUGGCCAAUCAAAUGACGACAGCAAGACCAACCUCAUUGUCAACUACCUGCCCCAGAACAUGACCCAGGAGGAGUUCCGCAGCCUGUUUGGUAGCAUUGGAGAGAUUGAGUCCUGCAAGCUGGUUCGUGACAAGAUCACAGGACAGAGUCUGGGCUACGGCUUUGUCAACUACAUCGAUCCAAAGGACGCAGAGAAAGCCAUCAACACGUUAAAUGGACUCAGACUUCAGACCAAAACGAUCAAGGUGUCAUACGCACGACCCAGCUCAGCCUCCAUCCGUGACGCCAACCUGUAUGUAAGUGGCCUGCCCAAGACCAUGACUCAGAAGGAGCUGGAGCAGCUCUUCUCCCAGUACGGACGCAUCAUCACCUCCCGCAUCCUCGUCGACCAGGUCACAGGUGGUUCCCGAGGUGUGGGCUUUAUCCGCUUUGAUAAGAGGAUAGAGGCUGAGGAGGCCAUCAAGGGCCUGAAUGGACAGAAGCCAUCAGGUGCCGCCGAGCCCAUCACCGUUAAGUUUGCCAACAACCCCAGCCAGAAGACCAGCCAAGCCCUUCUGUCACAACUCUACCAGUCCCCCAAUCGCCGGUACCCAGGCCCCCUCCACCACCAGGCUCAAAGGUUCAGGCUGGACAAUUUGCUUAAUAUGGCCUAUGGCGUAAAGAGGUUCUCCCCCAUCACCAUUGACAGCAUGACCAGCCUGGUUGGCAUGAACAUCCCCGGGCACACGGGCACCGGUUGGUGCAUCUUCGUGUACAACCUGUCCCCAGAUUCAGAUGAGAGUGUGCUGUGGCAGCUGUUUGGGCCCUUCGGUGCGGUCAACAAUGUCAAGGUGAUCCGUGACUUCAACACCAACAAGUGCAAAGGCUUCGGCUUCGUCACCAUGACGAAUUACGACGAGGCGGCCAUGGCCAUCGCCAGUCUCAACGGCUACAGGUUGGGCGACCGUGUCUUGCAAGUCUCCUUCAAGACUAACAAGACACACAAGUCCUGAACUUUGACAAGUAGAAGCAGUUGCCCCGCGACUUUGUCUGCUCCCAAAUUGCCCCUAACCUUUCCCCCCCACCUCCACCCGUCCCUUAGCCCCUUCAGUCACUACCACCCUACUACAGCCAUCCAACACAGCAAACUCAAACUCCAACCGGAACACAAAGCAACCGACAAACCAUCAAACAAAUUGAACUAGAAAUGGCUUAUAUUAUAACUUUGGACCUAUAAGCCAAUGUUGCCUAAGUAUUACAAAAAUGAAAUGAUGAAAAUGUUCAUGAGUUUUUGGAAGCUCCUGUGAUAAUGCAGGCUUCUCUUUAUUGUAUAUUCUGUUUGUUGUGGUUGUUCAAAUUAUUUUUCUCUUCUGUGUAAACAGUAGCAAAUCCCUGUAUCCCCUUAUUUCAGAGAAGAGAACGUCCUUUUUAAAUUGAAACCUUUUCUCUGUCUUGAUUCAGGAUUUGUUUUUCUUUUGUAAAUCCGGAUCCACUGUCGUUAGUAUUAUAUACCUCCCUGUUGGUGAAAGGGAGGGGGCUCUUUUUUAAAUUGGUGAACCAUUCAUUCAUUUUUAAGUGUGUAUCAAAAACCUCCCCUUAUCGAUUAUAGAUGGGAUUCCACAAUCUCAGUAACUCUAAUGUAGAAAAGAAAAGAAUUUCUAACAUUGUUUUUGUUUUGUAUCGCAAACAAAACAUAAU